CCACGAAUUUACGGAAGGCAAGGGCUCAUCGAUUGUUAUUUUGACAGCUUUUAAAGUGUACUGAAUUAUGAAACAAAAGCGAUGAAGAAUAACUUAGUCUGCAAACAAAGCAAAAUAUGUAUCUAAGCACCAAUAUCAUGAGAUAGGUAGCCUAUAAAGCACUCAAUGUGAACUUGGGAGACAUCAUCUCAUCUCGCUUGCAUUUACCUAACAAUGCGCUGCAUUUUGUCCUGCUUUAAAUCUUCGCCAGCCAAUCACGCGUCCUCACUGCCGCCUCCGCCACCUCCUCCGCCACCUCCUCCGCCGCCACCGCCACCUCCUCCGCCACCUCCUCCGCCGCCACCGCCACCGCCACCGCCACCUCCGCCUUCGUCGCUCAAGGUGGAAGACUGUAUCAAGCGCUUUGAAAAAAUCAAUAAUGUAGACGACGUUGAUAAUUUGAUCGAUGUCAUCGACAAGCUGUUGGAGACUCUUCCAAACAAGUCGAAAGAGGAUAAGACAUUAAAGAGAAGCAAAUCAGAAAUUCUUUCCGAUUCAGACAGUACAAAAUCACUAUGGAGUUCCUUUCUGCACAGUGGCUCUCAAUUUCUUAAAUUUGUGAAUGAACAAAUUGAUCAACUGCAGAAGAAUUUGGGAGACGAAGGAAACAGAAAAGCUGUAUCACAAAUAUUGCAAAAAAUGGGGAACGUGCAUUGGGUAGUUGCAGGUUUAUCUGUUGUAGCUUUCCUGCUUGACCAGAUUGAUCAAAUCUCUGAAAACCGCAGUGGAUGCGUGGAACUCCUUAAACAAACGAGUAAUCUUGCUGGGCAUAUAAGAAAGUUGAAGUAUGAUAUGCCACAAGAAGAAAAGAAAUUGAAUGAAGCUAUUAUAACUAUUGUUGAAGGAUCCAUGAUGUGCGCUUCUCAAUUAAAAUCAGGAGGACUUUUCAGGUUUUUAAAGGCGUCUGUGAACUCCGAAAGCUUGGCAGCUCUACAAUCGAAAUUAAGUCAUCUGUAUGAAGAUCUUACAUUAGGAGAAGUAAUAACAAUAGAACAGCAUCAGUCUCGUGACCUCCCUUCACAGAAGCCCAUUUAUCCAGAUUAUGCAGUUGGAAUCGAAAAGCAGAAGGAAGAUGUAACGAAGCUGCUGGACAUGGAAACACGAAAUAAGUCGUCAAUGGCUGUAGUCAUCUGUGGAGUUGGGGGCAUAGGAAAGACCACGCUUGCUACUGCUGUUGUUGCAGACUUACAUCUCACAGAUUACAACUAUUCGAGAGUUAAAAUGGAUGAACAUCUCACCAAGAAUGACAUAAAAUGCAUGCAGCAGCAAAUAUUGAAGGAAGCCUUCCCAAAAUAUACUUAUGACAGGAAAGUAACAUUGACAAAUAGUGCAGAAGGUCAGGAUCAUCUAGCCAAAGCUUUCCAAGCCCAAGGAAACAAGCCAAUAUUUCUGUUUAUUGACAACGCUCUUCGCGCAGAAGACUUGCAAGAGCUUUUCCCAAAAAGAUUAGAAGGCCUUCCGAAGCGGAGCAGAAUAGUGCUCACAGCUCGAAAUCUGGGUGUCACGGAUAUGCUCAUAGACGCCGGCCUUGAACGUCGUCAGCAUCAUGUGACUACUCUACGCAUGGAAGAGGCGAUCAAUCUCCUAUUCCGAGGCUCCAAUCCUGAUAAUAGCAGAGGCGGAGACAAUAUUGAACAAAUCCUGCAGAUUUGUGAUGGAAUUCCAUUAGUCUUAGAAAUUGUCGGUGCUUGUUUGCGCAAGCAGAACUACAUGGUCGACAGAUGUACGCAAAUAAUUGAAGCUUUGAAGAGGGGAGAGGAGGUCAGAACACAAAAUCUGAGCGACCGCCUAUUUACUUGCGUAUAUGACCAGCUCGAGCCGUCUACGCAAGAAGCAUUUUUGGAUAUAUGCUGCUUCUUUGCUAACUGGUGUCGACGCCAUGUGGAAUACAUUGUUGGAGCCGAGGAGGUCACACAUCUGGAAGAGGCUGCUUUUUUGAAGAUGUCCGACAAAGGCAAGGUGAUUGUUCAUGAUAUCAUACGAGCAAUAGGGCUGAGUAUGUCUAAAUCCAAUAGAAUUAUGAAACUGCGAUCCUGGCGUGAACUUGCGCAAGGCAAUCAGAGGAUCGAUCAAAUUAAAGGAGUCCGGCUUACCAGAGAGGAGUCUGAAUCUGGGUGCGUACUUGAUGGGGAGCAUAUUCUUUCAAUGGAAAAAUCGUUGAGGGUACUCGACUUGGAGAGCCAGAUAACUGUAUCAAGAUCAAGUCAAAAGACACCGAGAUUCGAAGAACUCAGAUUUUUCCGCCUGCGCGGCGACAUCUCUGCGUUAUGGCCAGUGAAUUCAGAGUGCUUUGAGCGGUUGGCAGUGUUCCAUGGCCCUGUUCUUAAGGAUGGUGUGAAUUUCUAUCAGUUACCCAAGAGGCUGCGGUUGAUGAAAGUCACUGCAGAGUCUCAGAUAUUUGCAAAUUCAGAGGAGUCCAGGCCCGGCAGCGUCAGGAAAAAUUCUUCCUUGGAAGAAUUGGAUUUAAAAGAAUUGAAAAGUCUCCAGAGAUUACCCGGACAGCUUGAUCACCUAACUGCCCUCAAGGUUUUGAUAUUAGAUGAAUGGGAUCAGAUGCAGGAGCUGUCUGAGCAGGUGUGUGAACUGCGUUUAUUAUGUAAAUUGAGCAUGUGCGGUGGCAGUUCUUUGAAGAAUUUGCCAAAAUCGUUUGGGCAAUUACGUUGUUUAGAAGAGUUGAUCUUAACAAGUUGCACGCAAUUGGAACAAUUGCCCUCAACUUUUGGAGACCUGAGUUCUCUAAAACAUUUGAACCUAGCAGAGUGUAUUAAAUUAAAAGAACUUCCUUCAAGCUUUGGGGAAUUAAGGUCAUUGGAGGUUUUAAAUUUGGAAAGCUGCUGGAAUUUAGAAGCCUUGCCUCCGAGAUUUGGAAAACUGUGUCAGUUACAGAAGUUGAGUCUGGGGUCAGAUAAUCUUAAAGAAUUGCCUUCUAGCUUUGGGGAACUUAGCUCUUUAGCAGAGCUGAGGUGUAACUGUCUGGAACUCAAGAAAUUGCCUUCUAGCUUUGAGCAACUGCAUGGGUUAAAGAAGUUGAGCCUACAGUCAGAUGAUCUGGAAGAAUUGCCUUCUCGCUUUGGGGAACUUAGCUCUUUAGCGGAGCUGAGGUGUAACUGUCAAGAACUGAGGGAAUUGCCACUUGCCUUUGGGCAGCUUUUUACUUUGACAGAUUUAGAUUUAAGUAGUUGCAAGAAAUUGAGUACCUUGCCCUGUAGCGUGGGAAAGCUUAGGUCACUGAAAUAUUUCAACUUGUCCGCUUGCUAUAGGUUAAAAGAAUUACCUUCUAGCAUUUGGGAUCUGCCAUGUUUAACAGAAUUAGAUAUAAGAGAAUGCCACAAAUUGAUGACAGGAUUACCAACAAGAAAACGAAAACUGCAGUUAACCAUUCGGUUGCUGUAGAAACAAAGAGACGGGGAAUCCUGUUUUGAUUAGAGAUCUCAAUUAUUGAACCUUUUAACCUACCUGGAGGGCAAAAGUGUCUAAAAUAUGACGUCAGACUUCAUUUUUAUUAUAUAUUUGUUCAAUUAAUCAAAUAAGAAUAAUCUACUGAAACCUAUUUGGUUGUCAA